AUGGCCGCUGAAUACUUCCGAUUCAUGGACUUGCCUGCCGAAUUGAGGCUCAUGGUCUACGAGUUCAUACCGGUCACCACACGCCAUUGCACCGUCUACGGCAAGCCUCCCGACGCCAAAUCACCCACUCAAGUUGUGCUUGUCACCAAGUCGCUCUCAUCCUCUAUCCUUUUGGCCAGUCAUGCGAUUUACAACGAAGCAAGCCCGGUCUUCGCAGUCAAGCUGGAGACACUGCGGACAGAGCCUACUCGCUUCCUACUUCAUGCCGGCGCAGUGUUUUUCUUCACAGAAUUGCUGGACAUCCUUGCCUGUGUAGGUCCUACUAAGUACACAAGGACGCUAAAAGAACUCAAGAAUGAUUUUGAGAUGGAUGUCAUUCAAAGCCACCGAUUUCUCAAAAAAGCCUCAUCGCUCCUAUAUCGAUCUGCAUCACAAGGAUACGGCCCCAAUAUCGCUCUCGUGGUUGAGCACAGACUGCGUCCCGGUCUUUAUCUCGAAACGGAAAUGCGACGUAUUAUCUGGGGGAUCGACUAUUAUUGCCGCAAGAACUUCCAUGGCAAAGGUCGCCUUGAUAUUCUCAUUUCCACAGGCGGUAACAUAACCUUGCACCACGAUUUUCCAGCACUCAACGACCUCGUAGAUUGGUGUAGUGAAGGGCUCGAAGUCGACAUGCAAGCUGGCCUGCUGGAAGACCAAGAAUGGGCUGAAAGUUGGCAAGAGGAUGAGAAAACCUGA